AGAGAUGCUUCGACACCACGUCCCUUUUCAACUCCACCCCGUAGCCCGCCAUCGGGUGCAGUCUAUCACGACGGGAGGCCUGGUACUCCUUCAGCUGGGUCUCACGUGCUUUCAGAAGUUACCGCAACCUCGGGCAAGCCGGUGCACCUAGGACCGCUUGCUUCAGCUUCCCCACCACGUCCGACAG